UUUUGGCCCUUACCCCCGAUCGUCCAGGAAUGUAAUACUAUGUCUUGCGUUUUAGCUUAUGAUCAGAAUUUGGAGGGAGAUCUUCCGAUGUCUUACAUUAGGUUCUCCUUAGACUCGGGCGAUGAAUCUUUUUAUCGAUUAUUUUGAAUUGACUUAGCAGUACUCACAACUUUGAGUCCAGCCUCAACAUACCAUCAGUUGAUACUCUGAUAUCAAUUGAUAUUGACUGAUAGCUACCAUGGAUAUUCCUGCAGCGGGCGAAGAUGUCACACCCACAAACUAUGCCCCGAUCGUCCAGGUCAUAACAUGGAUGCUGUUGGCUACAAGUUUCCUAUCACUGCUUAUCAGGCUGAUGACACGAUUCUUCCUAACAAAGCGGUUCGCUUGGGAUGAUGUACUUAUAAUUUCUGCGUUCGUGUUUUCUAUUUGCCAGAGUGUCACCUAUCUAGUCCCGGCCGGUCAGGCUUGGGGACGGAAAUUAGGUAAAGAUUUUCCAGCGACAUCGCUUAUGCCGGCGUUGAGGGCGCAAUACGCGGGCAACAUCCUGUUUGUGCUAUCGAUUGCAUGCACCAAGAUAUCUAUCCCGGCGAGCAUCCUGCCUAUAUCCCCAAUCUCAUGGCACCGUGUCGCGUUACAGGUUCUUGGAGGAUUUGUUAUCUUGUGGACGUUGACCUCGGUUCUUGCUUUGUCCUUUCAGUGUUCGCUCCCUGGGCCGUGGGACUACAUCACCAAGACGUGUAGAAGUCGCCAUUCGAUUUUGCUCUAUGUUAUGAGCUUUAGUGUCCCUCUCGAAUUGGAUUUUCCUGCCGCAUAUUUGUGAUAAUCGCUACAAUAUUCCAACUCAGCUAUAUUAACGAACUAUUCGAUCCCGACUUCACCUUCAAAUCUUACAAAUUCAUCAUUUGCACCCAGGUCGUGCAGACAGCCUCUAUUGUCACCGCUUGCAUUCCUCAUUUGCAGCCAUUUAUGACAAGCUUACAGUCCGGUCUGAUAAUGGCCGACGAUGCCGGGCGCUCCUGAAACAUUGACGAGCAGAGCAGCAGUCUGCCACUCAAGACAAUGCAUAACGCAAGCGAG